AACUACUAAAAAACUUACUUUCACUUCCAUGCAUGGUCAGAGCACAAAGGUAUAUUAAAAAUUCAUGAAAUGGGAAAGAAUGUGUUUACGUCUAUUACUGUUCAUUUGCAAAUGAUUAUCAAACAUCUCUCUUCUUUCUUUAUUUUGCACAUAUAUUGAAAAAUCAACCUAAACACGAACUUACCUAAUUCCGACCUUUUGUUCUUUGUUUUGCUGUCAUUUAAAAAAGAUCUCAACUUCCCACCAAAAAGAAGAAAAAACUGAUGUAUUUAAAUCCUUGGUUAUGAAAAAGAAAAUCGUGAACUCCAAGACGCAUCCGCAUACGCAUCCAUGGAUUGGAAGAUAAAUGACAAUCCAUUCAUUCCAUUACGGAGGGAAAGAAGAUUCUGUUCAUUAAGAACAAACACAAAACCACUUUCACUUGGUUUCCUUUUGUAAAGCAAAAGAGAAAAGGGCGAUUUUAGAUAACGAUGCAUUUUAAGGACGAAAAAACUGACAACGAGAACCAAUCUCACAAAAUUGAACUCUGACAAUGGUUGGACUUCUCGGCAGUGUGGCCGGAAAUCUGCUCGGAAGGAUAAUUGAAGCCGCCGACCGACGAGAGUUUCGUGCUAUCCGAAGAGAACUGAAAAACCUCGAAACAGCUGUGUUGAAUCUUAAGGCCAGACUCCGAGACGCCGAGGAGAAGCAGGCUAGCGAUCCUGAACUCUAUGAUCAGCUUAGAAAACUCAAACAUGCGUUUUCAAUGGCAGACAGUGUAAUUGAGGAAUUGGAAUGCGAUUAUUUGAAGUGGAGAGUGCAGAAUCGAAAGAACGAUGUUGACGAUAAAGGAUACCAAUUCUCUUCUUGUUUCUCCUCUAAUUUCCCCAUUUCUUCAUGUAAUACGGUCGCUAAAUUCCAGCAACUCACAGAAGAAUUACGUUUGAUUGAGGAAACCAUGUCUAAAUUCUCUCUGGUUGAAGAUGAAGAUGAAUAUAUCAAAAAUUUGAAGGGUGAAAUGACUUUGCGGACCUCCAUUACUGGUUCCCAAGCUUUCGCUAGGCUUCUGCGCUUGAGGAAAGAGGCGAUUCUCUCUAAUGUGGAUUCCAUUUUUGGUAGAGAUAAAGUACAAGAGAGUAUCAUUAAGGAACUUGUGAAUGAUGAACAAAAAUCUCCCCGUAUUCUUUCAAUCCAAGGAGAUGGAGGGAUGGGAAAGACGGCUCUGGCCAAGUUAGUCUAUAAUGCAGACGAAGUGUUUGAUCAUUUUGACAAGAGAAUAUGGGUAUGCGUUUCUGAAGAUUUUGAUAUUCAGAGAAUCAUAAAGGAGGUUCUGAUUUCUGCAACUGGAGAAAAUGUUACCACCGUUGCCUUAACCGAAAGUCGUUUACGAAUCCGGCUCCAGCGGUACUUUUUUGGCAAAAAAAUCUUGCUUGUUUUGGAUGAUUUUGGGAAUUUGGAUCACGAUAGAGUAUCAGAACUGAAAGAAAUCGUGAAGAUGGGUGUUGAUGGCAGCAAGAUAAUGAUAACCACUCGCAGCCAUAAAACUCCAAAUGUUGCUGCGACACACAAGAUUGACAAACUCGACAAGACGAUAUCUAUGCAAAUAUUCGAAGAUACAUUUGGAGGCAACGAGCUUAGCAACGAUGUGGAUCUCAAAAACCUUGUGGCAGAAUGUGGAGGAGCUCCUUUGGCAAUCAAAUGUUUGGCUGGACUGCUCUCUUCGAAACCGAGCGAUGGUGCUAAUAGUCCGAAUGUCAAGGACUUGAGUGAAAAAUGGAAACUGGAGGAGGCGAACUACGGUGGUGGCGUUUCAUGUGCACUAAGACUGAGUUAUGAUCUAAUGCCAUCUUAUUUGAAACCUUUUUUUCUUUGCUUUUCAUUGUUGCCGAGAGAUAAUGUGUUCUUCUCAUUUGAGCUAAUCCAGUUAUGGUUGGAACAAGGAUUCCUUCCUUCAGGUACCAAAGAUGAUCCUGAAGAAAUUGGGGAGAAAUAUUUCAAGGAAUUGUGGGAUCGCCGUUUACUCGUUGAUGUUGAGGAGCACACUCUUGGAUAUUGGUUCAAAAUCCAUAACCUUGUACAUGAUCUUGCAGUCCAAAAGGCUGAGGGACAAAAGAACCUCGGAAAUUUUCAUCAGCUUUCAUUUGUCGAUUGCAAGAGCAAUAUCCCUCCGUCGACAAGCUAUAAUGACAUUCAUUUUCUUUCCAUUCCAGUUGUAGGUGGUGCGGAACCAAAGAUCAAUGGAGACCCUCUUUUCAAAUGCAUCACCAAGUUCAAGCAGCUAAGGUUUUUGUACUUGUGCAACUCUUCUCUGGAAGAAAUUCCAACCUCCAUAGGCACGCUGAAACAUUUGAGGUGUUUAGAUUUGCGAGGGAGUCAACGGCUGAAGAGGUUGCCAGAAUCAAUUUGCAAACUACAGAGCCUACGGACUUUGAUUCUUGCAUUCUGCUCAGAGCUUGAAGAGCUUCCCAGAAACAUAAAGAACUUGAUAAGCCUCAGAUUCUUAUGGGUCCAAACAAAGCAAGCCAGCUUGGGAAAAGAUCAAAUAGGAAGCUUAACAUCGCUUCGUUUUCUCGCCAUUGGAAGGAGUGAUAACUUGACUCACUUGUUUGAAGAUAUCGACAAACUCAAUUUCCUCAAAACACUGAUCAUUUAUGAUUGCAAAUCGCUGCUAACACUGCCAAAAGGCUUGGAAAACGUGGAAUCGUUAUGUAAUAUGGGAAUAUGGGGAUGUGAGCGGCUGAGAUUUACAUUCUCACUGGCUUCACUUAACCUUAAGAAACUGAUACUCAGACAACUUACAGCAGUGUCCAGUUUGCCUAAGUGGCUGGCCCAUUUGGAUGACACUUUAGAAGUGCUAGAAAUUGGAGAGUUCCCCACGCUAAGAGAAUUGCCUAUGUGGUUUUCAAAUUAUUGGGAACUUCGAAUUCUUGGGAUCUCCAACUGUCCUCAGUUGAAUCACGAAUGCUUCCAUCAUGAACUACCAAUUUAUCGUGAUAAGAUUGAGGAGUUGAGGGUCACAUUUUGUGGGUCUUCGAGCAAGUCUUCGUGGAAAAAAAGUAUGGAGGAAAUCAAAAAUAAAAACCCGAAUAUCUCUUACAUCCGUGCCAUUUAUGUGGACUCCAAAAGAAUAAUGCCACUAGAAGAAUCAACAGAAAAACCUAAGGAAACUGAGACAAAACAGGAUGAUGCAAAUAACAAUAUGAGUCAUGUUGACAUUGGAUUACUUUCAAAGAUAGAACAGGCGCAUGCGAAUAACAAUGUAAGUCAUCCUGGGACUAAACAACCUUCAAUGAACAAACAUGAUGAUGCAAAUAACAAUACGAGUCAUUCUGGGAUUAGACUAUUUUCAGAGACAAAACAGGAGCAUGCAAAUAAAAAUGACAAUGUAAAUGAGAAUGAGACCGGUAAGGUCUGUUUGGGAGAUAAUGACCAUGCUGAAGCUGACCAAGCUAUGGUCACUACAUAUGAGGGUUUCUGAGGAUGUAUAGUUACACUGUGUAUUGUUUGUGUUAUAUGACAUUUAUUUGGCUAUUGCUAAACUUGUAUGUAUUUGAUUGAUCUUUAAGUAAUGUUGAGACACCAAAUGACAAUAUCUCAAUAUUACAAAUGAAAUUCCACCAAAUUGAAGUGUA